AUGGAGGUGCAGGAUAGGAGCCGCUCUCCAUCCCGUAGGACCAGCCGGGUGGAGCAGGUUGUGGGACGAUGGCUGAGGCGGUCCCGAGACUUAGGCAGCAGGUCCCACUCUCUGAGCAGAGACCGAGUUGCAGCGGAUGGGAAGACAGCAGAGUCCGGUGGCUCUGAUCAGAGGAAUUACCCCUUCCGCUUCAACAUCCAGAUUCAAAGGGACCCGGACCUCAACUCUCAUGGCCUCACUCUGUCCUCCCAGACCCCCAUCCUGGUGCAGGAGGUCACCCCAGGUGGUCCUGCAGAUGGCCGGCUCGUCCCUGGCGACCAGCUUGUGAAGAUCAAUAACGUCGCUGUCGAUGACCUGACCCCUGAGCAAGCUGCUGAAAUAAUCAGGGAGAAUCAAGAUUCAUUGACAAUGACUGUCCUCAGAACGAUGCUGGGCCCAAAGUCAUCAUUCAUCACACCAGAGAAGAGGGCCAAGCUGAGGUCCAACCCUGUUAAAGUUCAUUUUGCUGAGGAGGUGGAAGUCAAUGGGCACUCUCAGGGCAACUCGCUGCUCUUCCUGCCAAACGUUCUGAAGGUGUAUCUGGAGAACGGGCAGACCAAGGCCUUUAAAUUUGAACCGAGCACCACAGUCAAGGACAUUGUGAUGACACUGAAGGAAAAGCUUUCUCUGAGCCGUAUUGAACAUUUCUCCCUGGUCCUGGAGCAGCAGCACAGCAUUACCAAACUACUGCUGCUACAUGAUGAGGAAAUGAUACAGCAGGUGGUGCAGAAGAAAGAGGCCCAUGGCUACAGAUGUCUGUUCCGUGUUUGUUACAUGCCCAAAAACCUCCAGACGUUGCAGCAGCAGGAUCCCACUGCCUUUGUGUACCUCUACCUGCAGGGAGUGAAUGAUGUGCUGCAGGAGCGCUUUGCAAUAGAGAUGAGGUGUAACACCGCCUUGAGACUGGCUGCACUGCACAUCCAGGAGAGACUGGCGAGUUGUGGACAGUCACCAAAGACCAACCUGAAGAUUAUCACGAAGACGUGGGGCAUAGAGAACUUCGUGUCAUCCACCUUGUUGAGGAACAUGCGAGAGAAAGAUCUGAGGAAGGCCAUCGCCUACCAUAUGAAGAAGAGCCAAUCACAGCACGAUCCCAAGCAGAAGGGCCUGUCAGUCGAUCAGGCAAGGAUCAACUACCUGGAAGAGCUGAGUGAUCUUAAGUCAUUUGGAGGGAAAUCCUUCAGUGCCACCAUGAUGCUCCAAGACAGGGAGUCAAUGGUGACCUUGUUGGUGGGGGCACGCUACGGUGUGAGUCAGGUGGUCAACCACAAACUUAGCAUCCUGUCCACCCUCACAGAGUUCACCAGCAUCACACGCAUCGAGCUGCUGCCUGAAUCCGACAAGGUCAGCCUGGUCAAAAUAUACCUGCAGGACAUCAAGCCCAUCACAUUGCUAUUGGAGUCCGUGGCAGCCAAAGAUAUGUCCUGCCUGAUAGCAGGCUACUGUCGAGUGUUUGUUGACCCCAACCUCAACAUCUUUCCCUGGAUAGAUGAUGCCAAGAAACAUAGAGUGUCCGCUGAAGAAGGUUAUGUGUCGAGGUGUGGCAGCGACUCGGACAACUCCUCAGACUUGGACAUGGAACCACUGGUCGCCAAGGUGUCUCGUGACGAGAAGCCCUGCCCUCGUGUCAGAUCCUCAUCGGACCCAGAGGGAAGAAAAAGAAGAGACAGAGACAGAAGGAGGAACAAAGACAGCAAGGAAAAAGGAGAUAAACCCUGGGGGGAGAAAAAGCAAAAGGAAGAAAAAGAUGUUGACACUGAAAAGGAAAAGUGUCCACUAGACAAGAAUAGAGAGGGAAAGAAUGAAGAUACGCAGCACAGGGAAGAGACAGAGAGAGCGCAGGAUGGUCAGCAGAUACAGAUCGAGAUCACGGACAAUGAUUUGGGGAAACAACUGAAAAAAGUGGGAGAAGAAGUUAAAAUCGGAGGCGGAGAAGAGGUGCGAGCUGCAGAGGAGCAGCCAUCUGUGUCAGAAGCAUCAGAUUCUUGUCAGUCUGACUCUCGUGUCCUCACCAGCCCCUCCAGCGACUCCCUUGACGCUUUGGAGGAAGACGACUUAAUUUCAUGUUCUUCUUCCUCCAUCCACCCCAAUGCAUCAUCACAAACUCACGCCCAUGUCCACUCUCCCCUUCAGCUUCAUCCUUACUCUCAUAAGCCCCACCUCCUCGCCCCUCCACCACUUCACUCCCAUCCCCUUAUCCACCUCGCAACUCACGGCAGAGGAGGAGGGGGCUGCAGGAGGUCGGGCGAUGGAGCUGAUCCCCAGCUGCUCGCACCUGUCUCCCCCUCUCAGAGCCUUCACCAUGUCCAAAAAUGUUCAGUUAACCCCUGCUCUGAUGACAGCUCGCUUUGUUUCACUGAGCUCUCCCGCCUUGUGGACUUCCUACCGAGCCCUCCGGAGGCCAGCGAGGAUGAUGAGGAUGAAGAAGAGGAGUUGAGGAGGAGAAAGAUGUUGAGAGAAAUGGAUGAGUCUGUGAGAAGAGCAGGUGAAGGCGGAAGUGUGAGCGGGGAGGGUAGUUUUAAAGAGCAUCCACUAUCCCCUUCCCCUUCCUCCCCCUCCUCCCACAUAGACUUUGUGUUUAACUUCGACCAAAGUGACGCUCGCUGCUACUACAAACUCUGCUCCAACAUCACCCCCGACAGCGCUCGCAGCCUGCCCUGCCCUGUGCAUCAUAAUGAGAAAGAAGACUGGGAGGGGGUGGAGGGAGAGCCGGUUCAGGCAGAUGACCUGGAGCCUAUCCCCAUCCUUCAGCCACCUCCUGGCUUUGGAGACAGCAGCUCUGACGACGAGUUCUUUGACGCCAGAGAUCGCUUCACCUCGCCUGAAGACCCAACCUCGGGGGCCAUGCCAAGAGAUAUUUGUGCAGAGAUGAAACUGGACUUGCUCAGCACACUCAGCCUCAGUGACAUCAGAGUCUCUGUGACUGAUCCAGACAAAGAUGGAAAAGCAGAAGAAGACAGAAAAGGAGGAGGAGAUGAGGAAGGAGGAGGCAGAGAAACUUUGUUCCAACUCAGAAAAAGAUCCCGUAAGCGCCGUUCCUUCAUGGAAACUGAUUACACCUCUAGGGUGUCAUAUCCAGAACCAGAUCCAGAAUCUAGGCAGGAUCUGGUCUCUAAUAGGCUUCACAAGAACUUUUUGGCAGAAGCCAAUGAUGCGCAGAUGCUGAGUUCAGAUCCUGAACCUUCAGAACAAACCCAGAAUCCCAGUCCUACAGUUUCCUCCCUGACCCACUCUGAAGGGGAACCAGCUCAGCUCGAGUCAAAACCCAUCCUGUCCAAACCACGCCCACAUGGACCUGGCUGUCCUCGUGGUUUUGGGACUCAUGAGCAGACCAGAGACCCACAGCCCCCCGCAAGAACAAGGAAGCAAGAAAUGGAGAUGGAACCUGAUGCAAUGGAAUCCAAAUCAGUCACAGAUCUGGUGAAGGCAGCAUCUCCUACUAUCACCGUUGUCCGCUGCCGGGUGGAUCCAGACGGGAAGGAGUGUGCUGAUCGGAGAGGCGAUGGAAAGGAGGAAGGGGAGGGACAGAAGGGUGAGGGGACAGAGGAGGGCGCAAAGGAGGAGAAGACAGGUGUGUCGGGAAAUGGACCAUUCACUAGUCAUAUGUUUUUGCCAGAAAUAACUGAGGAGGGAGAUAAGGGGGAAGAAGAGAAGAAUGAGGGGGUGAGAGGCUCCUCAUCCAGUUCAAAGAGGCAACUCAUAAAUGCUGAGAGGCAGCCAGAGGCCAACACACUGCCUACAUGUCAGAUAGAUGUGAAUAACAAGAGUAGUAAUGGUCUUUUGGGAGCCCAUGCAAUUGCAAUAGAGCAAAACUCAUGUGUAGAGGAACAUGUGCUUGAAGGUGUGUGUGAAAAGUCAAAUCGUCCAUCGUACUCACCACCACCGCCUCCACCCUCAUCCCCUCUACCUCCAGUAUCAGUUGUUCUCAAAUCCCAAAGUGACUGUUUGGUGAGGGAAGAAGGGAGCAGUGGAAACACAGGAACUUCAACGCAGAUAUCUUUAUCUAAUUCUGAAGAGAUGCCACUCUGCCACCAAAAUCACACAAACCAAACACAAUUACAUUUAGAAGUCGCCACCUGUGUUCAUGAGGAUGAAGCUGUUGGUGUUAUUAGUUCUAAUAUGACUACUAGCGAUGAAGUCACUGACAGCACCAAUUCGGAUAAUGUUUUUGAUGAUGAUGAAGUUAGUAAUUCCUUAAAUUCUAGUUCAAGUGACAAGAAAUAUGACUGGACUAUACCUACAAAGUAUAGCUUCAGUGCUGAUUCAGUUACAGCAAUUAAGGGUGACUCUCCAGUGACUAUUAAACCUCAUACUGACACGGAAGCUCGGACAAGAAUUCAUUCUGCUAAUUCUGAUUAUGCUCGUACUAUAAACUCCAUCACUGCAAAGCUUGGAGCUGCAACAAGUGUCACAUCUCCCACAUUUAAUUCAGGUACUACAUUGAAAAGUGUGGAAAUACAGGAAAGUGCUUCAUGUUCGAAUCAGAAGGUAGACAGACGCAGAAGUGAUUCCACCAUACCCAAUGCUGAAGAUAAAGAUAGUUUAGCCAGUCCUAUUUUAGCAAAAGCUAACACGGCCACAAUCCACAAUCUCUCCAAAGACCCUUCCUCUCCAACUCACUUCCUCUUCCAGACCUGUUCCCCAAGCAUUAUGGGUCGCUUAUCUGCCUCCACACUCAGGGGGAAGAUUCAAAAGUUGCCCCUGUAUUUAUCAAGAUCCCAGGAAACCCUUAACCAAGCUGGGGUAGGGAAUGUAGUUCAGAAUCCUGCAGAGGACAACAGUUGGGACAAUGUCGAGAUCACCAUCACAGACGUUCAUGACGUCACGCAAACAGUAGACUUUGAUAUGGGCACAACUGCAGAGUCAGUGGAUUCAGACGAUUCGGAUACAACGGUUACAGGAUCAGAGGUGGAUGGGGAGUUUUUUGUCGAAACAACCUCAGCAAAGAGUUUUCAUUCAGUGCCACAAGUGAAGGAAGUAAGCUCUCCAUUGCCUGUCCAGACUGAGCCCAAAUCCCAACACCAAAAUCAGCUUCUGUUCACUGGAGCUAUCAAAAAUACACCGGGACCAAUAACAGAGCCUCCAGCCUCCAUAGUGAACAGCCUCCAAAGAGACACUUCAGGCUUAAAGAUGGACACUCCUGGUCCUAUAAAAGAUGCUUCACCUUCUGCCCCCCCUCCAAUAGUGGUGACAAGGCAAAAUUUAAAUGGGCCAGGACUCCCUUUUCAUAGUCAGUCACAGAAAGUACGACGGACCAGUAGCGACAGGCCUUUGAUGGGUCUUUGUAAGCCCACUGGGCAGAAUUCAGACUCACCACAAACGCUCUCCUCUGGCUGCAGGGUGUUUACCAUCUGUGAGGAUCCACCCCAAAUAAAGACCCCAGCUGAGGUGGGGACUACCCCACCCUUGAAGUCUGAGUUUGGCUGCAGUUCUGUGCUUGCAUCUGGAUGUGAGUCAGUUGUGGAAGGGAUACAGAUUCCACUGGAUGCUUGUGGCUGCCCAGCUGUCUACACCAACUGCUUCAGCGGCGGGGACAGCUUCGAUGAGGAGCUGACAGUCUACGAGUUCUCCUGCCGCACACAGAGCAGCGGUGUGACUCUGACCUCUGGAGCUGGUCUUCCUCUCAUGACCUCUCCACCUGUUCCAUCCUUUCUCUCCACCUCCUCCAACCACUCUCCCUCUUUCCAACACCCCAUCCUUUUCUCCUCCUCUACCUCUGAGCUCAGCCCUCUCCUCUCACCACUCUCUGAAGCCGCUGACAGUUUCCUGUCUCAAACGCAGAAGGACACCAUCAGUCGGCUAGGCCAGCAGUGCUACCCAGAACCGCCAACAGGCUUCCAGUUACUCCGCGUAGAUGUGGACCAACUCCUUUCCAUUCUGGAAAGUGGCGGUGCUGACCGAGCUGUGGCAGGCCAUGGAGGUCGCCACCCAAGGGACACCUGUCCCACCCACUUUACAGAGAACAAGCGGGUGCUACAAACAGAGGCACGGCGGCUGAUGUCAGGCUGCCAGAAGGUGGUGGGGAUUGGUCAGAGCCCAGAGGAGAUGCUUCACUCCCUGGCCGACAGUUUCCGGACCCUGGUGGAGUUGGCAGGCAUAUGCCUCUGGUUCUCCGGUUGUGACAGGUGUGACCGGAGGAACGCCGAGGCAGUUGCAGGUCUGGCAGAUGUGGCCCGCUCAUUCAGGGACUUCUGCCUGGCAGCGGAGCGAGCCAGCAGCAAACGUAGCUGCCAAGACCUGAGCACCAAGCUGUUAGCCAAACAGUGCACCGCGCUCACCGCCUCUGUGUUCUGCCUCACUCAGCUGUUCCGCACCCUCACUGCACUAUGA